CGAAUGGCUCUGUUCUCCAUUACAAAUUCAGCGUCAACAUUUAUCAAGAAUGGUCAGUACAUAUAUAUAUAUAUUUUUUUUUGAUAACCGAGUGUCCUGGCCCCACCAUGGUGGUCCAGACUAGAGACCGAACCCUUUAGCGGCGCGGACGCACACCCGAGGGUGGGUCAUGGCCAGGCAACGGUCUUCGGUUUCGGGCGCCAGAGCAAGUCCGCGUGUAAAUUCUCUGGUGGCUAGUGCGAAUCGAACCCUACACGAAAUGUAUUAUAUAACUACUGAAUCAAACCCUACAGUCACGGACGACCUAAUCAAACCCUACACGAAAUGUAUUAUAUAACUACUGAAUCACUUGCUAAUGAUAACAUUGUGAUUCUCGUGUUUUCUUUUGUUCUUUACCAUCAUCACAAUCUUCCUCGCAACUCUAACAAAAUCGGCCUCACCACCAGUUCUUCAUCCAGAUGAAUUGAACGCGCUUAAGGAGAUUGCCACUACACUUGGUAUAAGGGAAAAACUAAAGUUUGAUUUUGUUCAGAAUGAGGGUGUGAACAACACCGUUAAAUGUCAUUGUGACAACAUGACAUGUCAUAUUAUCGACUUAUUUCUCAAGAGCAUGGAACUUCCUGGGAAACUUCCGCCUCAGUUAGUAAAGCUUCGGUAUCUCCGGUCGAUAGACUUGUGCCGAAAUUACCUUUCAGGCUCAAUCCCGAUGGAGUGGGCUUCAAUGCCAGACCUCACUUUCAUCUCGCUCUGCGCGAAUAAUUUGUCUGGCCCUUUACCAUCAGGUUUUCAAAACUUCAAGAAUCUCACAUUCUUAUCGGUUGAAGCCAACCAGUUCUCUGGUCUGAUUCCUGAUGAGCUUGGUAACUUGACCAACCUAACAGGAUUGGAACUCGCAUCCAAUAAAUUUACAGGAAGCCUUCCUAGCACUCUCGCUAGACUGAUAUACCUUGAGAAAGUUAGAUUAUGUGACAAUAACUUCAGUGGCAUCAUCCCAGAAUAUAUUGGCAACUGGUCUCGGCUUCGAAAGCUGCAUCUACAUGCAAGUGGACUGAAAGGACCUAUUCCUGACGCGGUGGCCCGCCUAGAAAACCUUACCCACCUGAGCAUUAGUGAUACAACUGGGAUACACUCCUUUCCUAAUAUAUCUAGCAAAGUCAUCCAAAGCCUUAUUUUGAGGAAUGUGAGUCUUUCUGGUUCAAUUCCGCCUUACAUCUGGAGCAAGAAAUUGAAAACUCUAAUGUCCUGGGUAUCUUUUUUUUGGACAUGUUCUUUCAGCUAUUUGACUGGAAAUAGGCUUUCUGGAGACAUUGAAUCUGGUGGUUUUCUCAAUAGUGAAUCUAAUAUUGAUCUCUCUUACAACAAUUUCUCUUGGUCCUCUAUCUGCCGGGAAAAGAUUAACAUAAAUACAUACCGGAGUUCAUAUUUAAAGAACAACUUAACUGGGCUUCUUCCAUGUGCUGGUCCAAUCAGCUGCACGAGAAAUCAGCGGUUUCUACAUAUAAAUUGUGGGGGAGACAGCAUAGUUACUACAGAUUUUUCAUAUAAAACAAAGCAUGAAGCUGAUAACAACAGUACCAAAGCCUCGACAAAUCAUCACUUCAAAAACUGGGGAAUCAGUAACACUGGUGAUUUUAUGGAUGAUGAUACUAAUGAUGACACAUAUACCAUUUCAGCUACUAGUAUGACACCACUUGGAGAUUCCCAUGGUCUUUAUAAGACCGCACGUCGAUCUGCUCUCUCUCUAGUUUAUUAUGCAUUUUGCUUGGAAAAUGGAGACUACAAUGUAAGCCUCCAUUUUAUGGAGAUUCAGUUUUCAGAGGAAAAACCACACAGUCGUCUGGGCAGACGCAUAUUUGAUGUUUAUGUUCAGGGAAAAUUGUUCUUGAGGGACUUUAACAUCAAAGAGGAGGCUAAUGGGACUUUCAAGCCUGUAAUAAAAAAACUGAAAGCUGUUGUGACUGAUCAUAUGUUAGAGAUUCGGUUGUAUUGGGCAGGGAAAGGGACAAAUCUCAUUCCCAGCAGAGGAAACUAUGGUCCUCUUAUCUCUGCUAUCUCCUUGUGUCACAGUCAGGAACCACGAUGUGGAGCGGAGAAAAUAAAACAUCACAUCUAUCCCAUCAUUUUCGGGGCAACGGGUGCCUUGGUAACAAUGAUUCUCUUGGCUUUGGGAAUAACUCGGAGAAGAUGCAGGCUAGACAAUAACACAAGAGAACGUGAUCUGAGAGCACAGGGUUUGCAAACUCUUUGCUUUACAUGGAGGCAACUUCAAGCUGCAACAAACGAUUUUGAUCAAGCCAACAAACUUGGAGAAGGAGGUUUUGGAUGCGUAUUCAAAGGAGAGCUGUCAGAUGGAACUAUCAUAGCAGUGAAGCAGCUAUCUUCCAAGUCAUGCCAAGGAAACCGUGAGUUUGUGAAUGAGAUAGGCAUGAUCUCUGGUCUGAAUCAUCCAAAUCUUGUCAAGCUUUGUGGAUGCUGUGUCAAAAAGGAUCAAUUGCUUCUCGUGUAUGAGUACAUGGAAAAUAACUCCCUUGCUCUUGCUUUGUUUGGAAAGAGCUCAACCAAGUUAGAAUGGGCAAUGAGACAAAAAAUCUGUGUAGGAAUCGCAAGAGGGCUUGCCUUCCUCCACGAAGGAUCUGUAGUCAGGAUGGUUCACCGUGACAUAAAAACAACAAAUGUGCUUCUAGAUGCUGACCUAAACGCAAAGAUAUCUGACUUUGGUUUGGCCAGGCUCCACGAAGAAGAACACAGUCACAUUAGCACCAAGAUUGCAGGAACCAUCGGAUACAUGGCUCCAGAGUAUGCAUUAUGGGGUCAACUAACAGAGAAAGCAGACGUGUAUAGCUUCGGGGUUGUGGCCAUGGAAAUUGUUAGUGGCAAGAGUAAUACUAAACACAAGGGAAGUGCUGAUCACGUCUCUCUUAUCAAUUGGGCAUUGAUGCUGCAACAGACAGGGGACAUAAUGGAUAUUGUAGAUCCAGUGCUUGAAGGUGAUUUCAACAGCAAAGAAGCAGUGAGGAUGAUCAAAGUUGCUCUCGUUUGCACACAUUCAUCUCCUUCUUUAAGGCCUACAAUGUCUGAGGCUGUACAAAUGCUCGACGGAGAGAUUGAAGUAACACAAGUUAUGUCAGAUCCUGGUUUAUAUGGACAUAACUGGAGCAUCUCGAAGCUGAGGGACGCUGAUACACAUGCUAGCUCGAGCACAUCUGGUGUGACCGAUCAAACAGCAUCGACAAUGAAGUCCUCUGUUUCCGGUAGUGAUCUCUACCCAUCGUACCCGGAAUCUGUGAUUCUGAACUCCACAGUGGAGUUGCCUUCCUCGUCGAUGUGAUAUCAAAAGAUGUGC